GCCCCACCGCGCCGCUUCCGGUGUGGGCCCCGCCCCGGCUGUGGCCCCCGGCGGCGGCGGAGCAGUCGGAGACGCGGCUGCGGCCUGGGGCCUGAGCGGCCAUCUAGUCCACGGCUGGCGGCCCGAGCCUCACAGUGUAGAGCCAGCCUGCCAGCUAGGCCGUGCCCUGGUCCAGAGCCAUGCCAAUCUGUGAGUGAGACUCACAGCAGUGAUGGAGCCGAUGCAGCAACAGCAACAGAAGCAGUCACAUCUGGCUCCUCUGCAGAUGGAUGCCCGAGAGAAGCAGGGACAGCCGAUGAAAGAAGCCCAGUUCCUAUAUCCCCAAAAGCUAGUCACACAGCCUACUCUUCUUUCUGCCACACCUGGAAGACCUGCCAGCAGCCCUGCCCUGGGUCCCUUAGCCAGAGUUUCACCAGCCACACCAGUGGCCCGAGUUUUUGAACGGAGCAACGUGAACUCAGAGCCUGAGGAAGAGGAAGGAGGUUUGGAAGAUGAGGAUGGGGAUGAUGAUGUUGCAGAGGUGGCUGAAAAAGAGGCCCAGGCUGCUUCCAAGUAUUUUCACGUGCAGAAAGCAGCUCGCCAAGACCCCCGAGCAGCACCCAUGUCCAGUCUGCUUCCAGCACCAGGGCUCCCCCAACAUGGACAACAAACUAAAGAAGACCUUACCAAAGAUGCUUCCAAGGGUCCACCUUCUGUUUCCAUGGCUGGGCAGCCAACCUGGAAUCCGGAGGAGCAGCUUAAACAGAAUGGUGGUUUGGCCUGGAGUGAUGAUGCUGAUGGAGGCCGGGGAAGAGAGAUUUCCCGAGAUUUUGCCAAGCUCUAUGAACUAGAUGGUGAUCCUGAAAGGAAGGAGUUCCUAGAUGACCUCUUCAUCUUUAUGCAGAAGAGGGGAACCCCCAUCAACCGGAUCCCCAUCAUGGCCAAGCAGAUCCUGGACCUGUACAUGCUGUACAAGCUGGUGACAGAGAAAGGAGGCCUGGUGGAGAUCAUCAACAAGAAGAUCUGGAGGGAGAUCACCAAAGGCCUGAACCUGCCCACUUCCAUCACCAGCGCCGCCUUCACCCUCAGGACCCAGUACAUGAAGUAUCUCUAUGCCUAUGAGUGUGAGAAGAAGGCCCUGAGCUCCCCUGCUGAGCUGCAGGCUGCCAUCGACGGCAACCGCAGGGAGGGCAGGCGGCCCAGCUACAGCUCCUCCCUCUUCGGCUACUCACCCACUGCUGCCACUGCUGCUGCUGCUGGGCCCCCUGCUCUUCUCUCACCACCCAAGAUCCGCUUCCCAGUCCUGGGGCUUGGUUCCAGCAGUGGCACCAGUGCCAGUGGCCCUCGGCUGUCCCCAGCAGCCACUCUCAGGAAAGGUGACGGGGUCCCCACAACCACAGUGCCCGUGCCAAAUCGCCUGGCUGUGCCCGUAGCUCUGGCAGGGCCACAGACAGGGAGUCGGGUGGCCGCAUUGGAACAGCUGCGGGAGCGUCUAGAGUCAGGGGAGCCAGCGGAGAAGAAGGCAGCAAGGCUGUCGGAGGAGGAGCAGCGCCUGGUACAGCAGGCCUUCCAGCGUAACCUUUUCAGCAUGGCACGGCAGCUGCCUGUGAAGAUCCGCAUCAACGGCAGGGGUGCGUGUGCCGCUGCAACCUCAGCUCCACUCCUGGGGUGGAGUGGGCAAGAAGACAGAGGAGAGGCCUCAGCUGCUGCGCUGAACCUGACCCCAAGCAGCAUUGGAAGCAUUAACAUGUCUGUGGACAUCGACGGCACCACCUAUGCAGGUGUGCUGUUUGCCCAGAAGCCCGUGGUCCACCUCAUCACAGGCCCCACUGCCCAGAGUGUGGUUGGCAGCAGUUCUGGCGGCGGCAGCAGCAGCAGCAGCGGUGGCUCUCACUGCUCACAGAGUCCUACCUCGUCCCGGGGCACCCCCAGUGCGGAGCCCUCUACCAGCUGGUCCCUCUGACGGCAGCACCUAGCUGCCCCUGCCCUGCCCUCCAGCCAGGAGUGGCAGAAGCUGCCGCGAAGAAUUUACCUCAUCUCACGGAGCCCGAUGUUCAGGGACUGGGUGUGUCCAUCUCUCCAGGCUCCAUUCAGGUCCUACUGUCCUCUGGGGGGCGGGGAGAGGUGGGAGGGGCAGGACAGGGCAGCGUUGUCCAAUCAGGGAUCAUCCUGGAGGCCUGGGCAGGGGUCUGGGCUCCCCCUUCCUCCAGGGUCCCCGCCCACCUCCCACCCCGGGGCACAGUGUAUCGACAAUCUGUAAGCCGACACAGGGCUGGAUGCCUCCACUUCCUUCCCCCUUAAUUUAUUUCCCUUCCUCUGCUUUCUGCCGUUACCCCAGGGUCACUCGUCUCAUCCUCUGUCUAGCCCCCCUCAUUUUUUUUUUUUUUUGGUACCGGGGAUCGAACUCAGGUCCUUGCGCUUGCGCAGCAGGGGGCGAAACCACUGAGCUAAAGCCCUGGCCCCAAGCCCCCCUCAUUUUUAAAUCCUAUGUGGGCUGCUGGGGCCAAGCUCCUGCCUUCAUGGCUCUCAGCUCCUGAGCAUGGGCCCCACCCUCUCAAACCUCCUGUCUGGUUUUGGUUUCCAUAGCCUGGGUCCCUCAAAUCCAAAUGUGCCAUCAGACCUUAGGCCCCCAUGUCCCCCUCUAGUGGGGGACACCUAAGAGAGUACAUGAGGGCAAGCUUCAGGCCCAGGCCUCUGGGCAUCUGCCAGGAUGGAGGAGGGCUUGGGCUGCCUGGGCCCUGGUACCCACUUCACAGGACCCCAUGCAACCCUCCCUUAACCCUCAGGCUCUCCAGUUGCCCUUGUUGGCUACUCUCCCACCAUAGUUCCCUUGUUCCUGCCCUGUCACAGUAUCUUGGGGCCAUCUCUGCCCCACCAGCCCCAGAUGUGCUGAUAUCAGGUCACUGAAAUACCUCAGAUUUGUAAUUGUUGAUGUUUGAUUCUUCAGGAAGUAUUUGCAUCUCUGAAAUCUUUUUUAUAUAUGUUUUGCUGACUUUCGUAUUUUAUUUUUAAAUUUUUGUUGUUGCUGUUGUUAUAGCACCAAAGAAAUAAGAAAAAAGAGCGAAUCACCCCAGCCAGGUGCGGUUGGUGGCCAGCCCCUUGGUCCUGCCCAUGCCCCCUGGAAGGAGGGAGCAGGUGGGGUGACUCAGGGAUCCCCGAGGCGGUAGGGUGGGGUGGAGAGGCCUGCACUUGCCUGCAGGGCCAGAAACGAUACCAGUCCCAGGAUGUCCCUGACCAUGCCACUGCCCCUGCCCUGCCAUGCAUGCCAUGGGCCAUGCUGCCUCCCAGAGCCCACCACCAGGGAGUGGGAAUGGGAGAUGCCAGGGCUGGUGCAGGCUACCCCUGCCGGUAGACAGGGUGCCACUUGCACAGGCCACUUCUGCCAGGCACCUACAGUGUUCAGAACGCCGCCACUGUGACUCCUGGGCUUGGGCCCCACUCAGUCCUGUCCAGGAAGAGAAAGGGAAACCAGAAGCUCAUGCACAGACAUACCUCAGCCCAGCCAGCCCCUCUGCUGGCCUGCGCCUCCUCCCUGCCCUGGCCCUCUGCAUGCCUGUGCAUGCACACACGCAUGUUCACACACAGCCCGCCCACCCGUCCACUGCAGGCUGCCCUCCUCUGCCUGCAGAAGCCUUGCCCUCCCAGCACAGGUAGGCUGUGGUAGGGAAGGGUCGAGGUUCUGGUGCCAGUGCAGAGGCCCAGUGGCUAAAGCUGCCCCACCUCCCUCUGGAGUGUGUCAGACACUUGGCCAGAGUGUCUUUCUCAGGGUUUGGUCAUGAAGGAUGGACUCUCCCACCCAGAGGACGCAGGGAUGUGCGUCACGGACCCUCCCCUUCUUCCCCAGCCAUGUGCCCAGCCUCUCCCUCAGCGUCCCUCAGCGUCCCAGGCCAGGCCCGGCCUGAGCAGAGUGUCUAAGGGUGCUCUGUCCCCUGUCCUUCUUUGUACUCCAACAGCAGUGUGGUAGCACACAGGUAGCCUAGGCAGUAAGUACAUACCUCAGACGUUCUCACAGCAAGUGUCUGUAUAUGGUGUGGUUCUUUUCUUACAUGUUCUGAAUGUUUAUAUUUCAAUAAACCUCUACCUCUUCACA